AUGGGCACGAAUAAUACAACCGUGUCAGGCGACUCUCGUCACGUUGGUCUUUACACCCCUUUGCGCGAUGACAGGGAUGAGGUUCGAGUUUUGACCCUGGAGCCCAUUCAUGACGACGGUCUUGUCCACUGCCGCUUAGAGACCGUCUCUUUACUGGAUUAUGGCCCGGAAUAUUCUUCAUUUCUUGCUUCAUUUAGCGGGAAGACCGACUUGACUCGUCGCAUCCUCCGGUCUUGGACAGAGCUCUGCUUUCCACAAGUCGGUCACUCGCCUAAAAACAGAUGGAAACAACGGCCCCAUGCUGCAUCAUGCCGCUUUACUUGGGGCGACUUCGCGGCUCUGUCGUAUGUCUGGGGAACCAGCAACAAAGAAAAGCAUAUAGUCGUGAAUGGGGUCACCCGACGCGUCACGCGCAAUUUGGAAGAAGCUCUCCGCAGGCUUGCACGCAAUGACGAGUUUCGCGGCGAGUACAAAAUAUGGAUCGACGCUGUCUGCAUCAACCAGGAAGAUGAACAGGAACGAGCUGUCCAAGUGAGGAAAAUGAGACGGAUCUAUAGUAGUGCCUGGAAGGUCAUCUCGUGGCUGGGUGAGAAUGAUGCAGGAGGCUGGAUGCCCAAAGCCUUCGCUUUCUCAAACAUGCUCGCCUCACUCCAAGAUGAUUCCCAAGAUCUUCGGAUGCUCUGUAACCCAAAGUCGGGAAUAUUGACCGAUGCCGGGUUUCAUGCGAUGCAUGAGAUGACACGCCACCUAUAUUGGCACCGGCUUUGGAUCAUCCAAGAAGUUGUUAUGGGUGCGUCAUACACAGUAUUGCGUUGUGGUGAUCAUCACCUUGAUUGGGACACCCUGUGUAGGGCGAUUGCGGUAUUAUACCAUGGCGACAACUGGACCCUCAAGGACGAGAUGCUGGGGAGAGCGUAUCGUCGCGGGAUUAGUACUCAUAAAGUUUGGAGCACCAGCUCUCUGCAUUUGAUCCAUCUGGAUCUUCGUCACUUGAGCUAUUAUGAAGACGAAGGCACCAGCACCGAGCGUCUAGGCCUCCGCCGCUUACUAGAAGUGGCCAACUCAGCGAAAUGUCUUGAGCCCCGUGAUAAGGUCUUCGCUUUAGCUGGGAUGAUGGAAACGGAAAUCACCAAUGAAGUCACCAAAGCUUACAGCCUAGACAUACCGCAGUUAUUCGCAGCAGUGACUCUGGCAUUCAUCAAGCAUUACAACAACUUGGAGCCAUUGCGCCAAGGAAAUCCGUGGGGACCGCAGAGAGCGCCAACAUGGGCGGCUGACUGGAGUUGGAAGGGCCGCUUGCGAUGGUCCCGCCCAGAGACUCCCUACGUUGGCCCUCUUUGGGAUGUCUUAGAUCCCGGGCCGCGGCCAGAGGAAAUCUACAAUGCCCAUGGUGGACAACCAGCUCGCUAUGUGAUUCCUAAUGAUGGCCUCUUGCUGCACUGCGACGGGUUUAUCUUCGACGAGAUUGUCGGGUUAGGCGCAAGAGAGGAUGGCAUAUUCGAGUGGGUCAGGGGAACAGAAACACAGUGCCCCUCUUGGAAAAGCUGCUACGGUGAUGAUCAGGAAACCGCGCAGGCACUCUCUCGCCUCUUACUAGGCGGCAGCACAGUUGGUGGACAUGAACAAGCCAAAGGGUGCUAUGAAGCCGUCUUGAGUCUUCCAUCAACUUUCAAAGCAGGUUAUCCACAGUUUCGCGCCAAGAAGUGGAGUUGGCUUGAGCACCGGGAGGGUUAUUAUUAUAAGUGGUCGGAGUGGAGGAAGACGCAUAACCACAUGAUGCUUGGCAAGAGAAGGUUAGAAUCUUUUUUCACGGACAAAAUACCGAAAAAGGCCGAGGAGUCCGCAUACACCGCGGCGUUCGUUGGAAUAGACAGAACUGUCAAAGAACGACGCUUCAUGCUGACGGGAAGCGGCCGUUUCGGCUGGGCCCCGGACAAUGCGUACGACCGUGACGGAGACAGAAAUCAGGUGAGAAUCGGGGACUUGAUUGCGAUUGUGUUCGGUUGUAGCACUCCACUGGUCAUCCGACGAUUUGGUAAACAUUACCAGGUGAUUGGCGAGGCUUAUGUUGAAGGAAUAAUGAAUGGAGAGGCUCUGAUAUUUCUCAAGGACGAGUCGUGUAAGAAGGAAUCGUUUCUAUUUUGCUAG